AUGACAUGCACGGGUUGCGAGACUAAACUCAAGAGAACGCUUGCCACCGUGGACGCAAUCAAGAAUUUCAAGACUAGUCUUGUUCUUGCGCGUGCAGAGUUCGAUCUAGACGUCGGAGUUGGCUCGGCGGACGAUGUCAUCAAGCAUCUCGAACGGACGACGGAGUUCAAAUGCGAGAGGAUCACGAGCCAGGGGGGCAGCAAGCAUGUUCGCCAUGUUGGGGUGAUGACUUUACUCUCCAUCGUCCUGACUAUUCCGGUUCUCGUGAUGGCUUGGGCACCUUUGCCGGAUAAUGAGAUUGCUUAUGGGUCAGUUUCUUUGGCAUUGGCAACUAUUGUUCAGGUUGCUAUUGCUGGACCAUUCUAUCCUACAGCACUUAAGAGCUUGAUCUUCUCCAGAAUGAUUGAGAUGGACUUGCUCAUUGUGCUGAGUACUAGCGCCGCGUACAUCUUCUCCGUGGUGUCGUUUGGUUAUCUAGUCUCUCACAAGCCUCUGUCGACCGGGGAGUUCUUUGAGACGAGCACACUCCUCGUCACUCUCAUUAUGGUUGGCAGAUACGUUGGUGCGCUGGCUCGUCAGAAGGCCGUUGAGUCCAUUUCCAUCCGAUCUCUGCAGGUGUCCACAGCGACAAUCAUCGACACCUCGGGCCAGGAAAAGGACAUUGACUCUCGACUGCUUCAGUAUGGAGACACUUUCCGAGUUGCUCCCGAGUCUCGCAUUCCAACCGACGGCACAGUCAUUUCUGGUUCGUCUGAGCUAGACGAGUCUAUGGUCACGGGCGAAUCAAGAGUAAUCGAGAAAUAUGCAGGCUCUUCUGUCAUUGCAGGCUCGAUCAAUGGUUCUGGAACCCUCAACAUACGCCUAACCCGUCUGCCCGAAGACAACACAAUCAGCAACAUCGCCGGGAUGGUUGACGAAGCCAAGCUGUCCAAGCCUAAAAUACAGGAUAUAGCAGACCGAGUUGCGUCAUACUUCGUCCCAGUCGUAGUCACAUUGACGAUAAUUACAUUUGCUGUAUGGAUUGCCGUUGGAGUCGCUGUCCGCAAACAGUCCGGCUCCCAAGCAACGAUCCAGGCAGUCACAUACGCAAUCACCGUUCUCAUCGUGUCAUGUCCAUGCGCUAUUGGACUAGCAGUUCCUAUGGUGAUCGUCAUCGCCAGUGGAGUUGCUGCGGAAAAAGGCGUCAUCUUCAAGUCGGCCGACAGUAUCGAGAUCGCUUACAAGACCUCGCAUGUAGUUUUCGACAAGACAGUGACACUGACCCGUGGGGAAUUAAGCGUGUCUAAAGAAUCGUACGUUACUGGCGAUCCAGAAGCGACGCAAUCGUUGCUUCUUGGCCUUGUUGGUAGCAUCAAGCAUCCCGUAUCCGCAGCGGUUGCCGCCCAUCUAAAGGCGAAUGGUAUAUCGCCAGCGCCGGUAUCCGAUUCCAAGACUUUGACGGGUAAGGGUGUCGAGGGUCAGGGAACCAUCUCUGGUCGCAAGCUCCGCGCUGGCAAUUCGCGAUGGCUGGGUCUAUCGUCUGAUCCUGCUGUCGAGUCCUUCUUGUCGCAAGGAUACACCGUCUUCUGCUUCACGGUCGACGGGACGUUGGUUGCAUUGUUUGCGCUAGAGGACUCGGUGCGGCCCGAGGCUUUCGCAACCGUGUCCAAGCUGCAGGCCUCCAACGUCUCGGUCCACAUCCUUUCGGGCGACGAUGACGGGGCGGUCCAGGCGGUUGCUUCUCAACUCAACAUACCCGAGGCUAAUGUGCACUCGCGAUGCAACCCCGCAGACAAACAGGACUACAUUCAGCAACUCUUAGCCACACCCUCCACCCAUGUGUCCAAAUCGGAAAAGAAGCCGAAGAAGCCCGUCGUGAUGUUCUGCGGAGAUGGCACUAACGAUGCCGUUGCACUGGCCCAGGCUACCAUUGGCGUCCACAUGAACGUGGGCACUGACGUGGCUAGAUCUGCAGCCGAUGUUGUCCUGAUGCGCCCCAGCCUGACCGGUAUCCUCACCGCCAUCGCGGUGAGCAGAAAGGCCAUCCAUCGGAUUGCAUUCAACUUUGGCUGGAGCUUCGUCUACAACUUGUUUGCCAUCCUCCUCGGCUCAGGGGCUUUCGUCAACGCCCGCAUCCCACCGGAGUUAGCCGGCCUCGGCGAACUUGCCUCCGUCUUACCUGUCAUCGCCGCUGCGGUGCUGUUGCGUUGGAGUAAAUUGUAA